AUGUCGGAUGUGAGUGAGGGUGAGAGAAGUCCAAGGCUGGACAGAAACUCAUCUACAAACAAAAAGGCAGGGGAUGACUCGAGUAAGAGCAUGGAAAUCCCGCUGGUUUAUCGACUCAAUUCAUCAGACAGCACAGGCGCCCAAAUAAUCAGUUGCGUGCUCAAUGGGGAUAAUUACCUGACAUGGUCACGAGCGAUGUUGAUCGCCCCACGGGCAAGAAACAAAUUGCCCUUCAUCGAUGGGAGUCUGGAGGCGCCGGAAGUGAACGAUCCCCUCCGAGACUGCUGGGAGAGAUGCAAUUCAACAAUCCUGGCAUGGAUGUUCAACACCAUGGAUGUGAGCCUUCAGGCGACGAUCACGUACGCCAUGGACGCCGGAAGUUUGUGGAAUGACCUGAAAGAGAGGUAUUCGAAGGGAAAUCAAUCUAGGGUUUUCCAAAUUAAAACCGAUAAUUGUCUCUUACGGCAAGAAGGAUUGAGCAUUCGGGAAUACUACAGCAAAUUGAAGCUGCUGUGCAACGAAUUAGAGAUUUACCUGGAGCACCCGGGUUGUAGCUGCGGGGCAAGAGCCGCGAUGGCAGUGCAGAGGGAGACGGAGAAGUGCUGCCAGUUUUUGAUGGGGCUCACCUCCGAAUUCAACACGAUUCGAUCAACGAUUCUGAGCAUUGAACCGAUGCCAAAUUUGAAUAAAGUCUACAAAAUGGUGGCGAAUGAGGAACGGCAACGAUCGAUGAUGAGAGCUCGAGAAUCGACCCCGGAAUCUGCCGUCUUCUUCGUCAAAGCGGAAGCAGAGCACGGGCAAGGAAGAAUUGGUAGGUUGCAGGGAGAAGCGGGCGAAAGGCCCUUGUGCGAGCACGGUGGAAAAUUGGGCCCCACCAAAAAUACUUGUUGGGCCCUUAAUGGGUACCCAUCCUGGCAUUACAAGUCCAAAGCAAAUCCAGGAAAGGGGCCCAGACAGAAACAAGUCAGGCCGAGUAGUGGGCCGAAGGGAAAAAUGCAAGCCCAGCACGGCCCAGAUCGCGCGCAUUCAGCCCAGACCGGACAGGGGAGUGGAUCACGGGCUGAGAAGUUGGAGGCCCUCCCUGAUGACCAAUUUAACCGAUUGUUGUCCUUGCUUUCGCAUGACACCAUAGACCCGAACCGGCUAGUCGGUAAUGAGUUCAAUUUUAUAAAAUUGCAAAAUGAAUGGAUUUUGGACACAGGAGCAUCGAGACACAUGAUAGGAUGCCUCGAAAAUUUUUCGAGAACGAUUGCAAUCAAAGGUGGAGCACCGGUAUACAUUCCUAAUGGGGGCAUGGUACAAGCCACCCAAACAGGAAAUGUGAAAAUUGCGAGUGUGAUGGAAAUUACGGACGACCGCACCUCGAGGAGAACGAUUGGAGUGGGUGAGCUUCAAGGGGGGGUCUAUUACCUGAGGCAAGUGGCUACCACACCGCAGACAUGCCAGGCAAUCCUCGAGGAAUCUAGGGAUCUCUGGCACCGGAGGCUUGGUCACCCAUCUCGUCUGAUAAAAUUGCAUGGUAUUAAUUUAGAUUUUGGCGAAAGGAGUAAUAAGGAGUGUGAUGGUUAA